AAAUAAAAUAAGUAACUGAAUUAUUCAUAAUGGAAGUAGAAAGAUUGUCAAUAACGGAUGCACAAAAACAAGUUCUUGUGGAUUUUUAUGAGAGAGGAAUGGUUUCAACCAAGAAAGGUUUGGCUGAAUUACAUGUUGAAUGUGCUAGUGCUUGUGGCUUGUCUGAAACCCAAGUAAAAAACUGGAUAAGUAAUUAUAAAGCUAGCAAACGAUCCUCUGGUGAACCUAGGCAAAAUGCUAGUAAAUCAGUUCUAAUUCGGAAAAGGAGUGGCUAUAAUGUUUUUGCCAAGGAACAACUUGCUGAAGGUAAAUUAAAUCUGAAGUAUCAUUGUGAUGUACCAUUAAUACAUGUAAAAAACAACUGAUAAGAUG